AUGGAUAUCGGUGGCUUGGAGACAGUGGUGGCCAACUCGGCCUAUGUGGCGGCUCGUGGCAGCGUGGACGGUGCCGCAGCAGCCACCAUGCGAGACAAGAAGAUGCGUGCCAAGCUGGUUCUACCCCACAUCAAGCAGUGCGAGCACAUGAAGACUAAAGUGGACUUGACCUUCGACAGCAUGUGCGUGAAGCAGCCCAUUGGCCAGCGGCUCUUUCAGCAGUACCUAGAAUCCGUGCCAACCCAUAAGCCCCCCUGUGAACUGUGGAAGGACAUUGAGGACUACAACAUCUCAGAGGAGAAGGAUCGAAAGCAGAAGGCCCAGAAGAUUGUCAACAAGUAUUAUGAUUCUGCCUCCAAGUCCUUCUGCAAAUUCCUGGAGGAAAAGGCCAUCACCCGCGUCAAGGCGGACUACACUAACAUCCGGAAUGACCUCUUCAAGGAGAGUGAGAAGCAGAUGCUCAAACACCUGGAGACCACUGCCCUCGACGGCUUCAAGAAAAGUAUGUACUUCCUGCGCUAUGUGCAGUUCAAGUGGCUAGAGGGCCAGUCGGUAAAUGAGGAGUGGUUCAUGGAUUUCCGAGUGCUGGGCAAAGGAGGUUUUGGGGAGGUGCAUGCCUGUCAGAUGAAGGCCACAGGCAAGAUGUAUGCCAACAAGAAGCUGAACAAGAAGAGGCUGAAGAAACGCAAGGGCUAUGAGGGCGCAAUAAUUGAGAAGAGGAUCUUGGCAAAGGUGCACAGCCGCUUCAUUGUGACACUGGCGUAUGCCUUCCAGACCAAGAAUGACCUCUGCCUGGUCAUGACCAUCAUGAACGGAGGAGACCUGAGAUAUCACAUGUACAAUGUAGAUGAGAAGAACCCUGGGUUCAAGGAGCCAAGAGCGUGCUAUUACACAGCCCAGAUCAUCUGUGGUCUAGAACACCUUCACCAGCACAGGAUCGUCUACAGGGACCUGAAGCCAGAGAACGUGCUGCUGGAUGAUGCAGGGCAUGUGAGGUUGUCAGAUCUGGGUCUGGCAGUGGAGCUGAAACCUGGUAAAGACAAGACAAAAGGCUAUGCUGGAACUCCAGGAUUCAUGGCUCCAGAACUGCUGCAAAACAAAGAGUAUGACUACACUGUGGAUUACUUCACCCUGGGUGUGACAUUGUAUGAAAUGAUUGCUGCCAAAGGACCCUUUAGGGUUCGUGGUGAAAAGGUGGAAAAUACUGAGGUAACCCGGAGAAUCCUGAAUGACCCAGCCUCCUAUACAGAUAGCUUCAGCAAGGAUUGCAAGGCUUUGUGUGAGGGCCUGUUGGAGAAAGAUCCCAUGAAACGACUUGGGUUCAAAAACGAUAGCUGUGAUGAGUUGAGGAACCACCCCUUCUUUAAAGAUCUCAACUGGGGCCGACUAGAAGGAGGCAUGCUGAAGCCACCCUUUGUUCCUGAUCCAAGAAUGGUGUAUGCAAAGAAUAUCGAUGAUGUGGGUGCCUUCAGCACUAUCAAAGGAGUGGUUCUUGACAACAAGGAUACAGAGUUCUUCGAUGACUUUUCCUCAGGGAAUAUUCCCAUCCCAUGGCAGGAGGAGAUGAUUGAGACAGGUGUGUUUGGUGAACUCAACCUCUGGCCGGGGAAUGGCAAGCUGCCAAAUGACCUUGACCCCAACUUUGUUCCACCUGUUGAGGCCAAGGGUGGGGCUUGUGUGCUGCUCUGA